AUGGGAGACUAUGGAAACAAGCGACCACGAGGCGAGGACGGCGACUUUAGCGGCGGACGAGGCCGCGGCAACUUCGGCAGCGGUGGCGACCGCGGAGGCCGAGGUGGUGGUGGCGGCGGCCGAGGCAACUUCAGCGGUGAUCGAGGAGGCCGUGGCGGCGGCUCUUCAGGCGGCCCUGGAGGCAACUUUCGUGGAGGCCGCGGCGGCAGCGGCAGUUUCGGCGGCCACGCUGACGACGGCCUGCGCCACAAGACUGCCGGCGGCGACGCCCAGCGAAUGCCCGAAGCCGUGGAGAACCGGCAACUGGUGGCGCAGAAGUUGGCCCCCGGACAGGCGGGCACACCGGUGACGCUGCUCGGCAACUUCUACCGCAUCGUCCACCAGCGACUGACCGUCCACCACUACGACGUGACCAUCAGCAAGGUGCGCUUCGGCAAGGGCGGCAAGCCGCUCGAACAGGAGCCCCGCGUUACCUCUACCACCGGUGAGCCCAGUCCAGCCGACGAAGCCCAGGAGCGCUUUCUCAAGAAGUUCGCCGACUCGGUGGUGACGGCCUUUGUCAAGGCCAACCCCGAACUCUUUGCCAGCGUGCACUACGCCUACGACGGCUGGAAGAGCCUCUACACCACUAGCCCCCUCAACAUGCCCUCCUCCGCUUCCGCUGAACUGAGCAAGUCCGUGGAGAUGCCCAUCGACGGCCGUCCGCGCACCUUUCAGGUGAGCCUCAAGCGGGUGGACUCGGUGGCCCUGGGCGNUUCUUCAGGCAAGGUCGUCUCUGAGCGCAUCAUCGCCGUCUUCGAGGUCAUCUUCCGGUUCGUCAUUAGCCGCGCCUUCCCCACCUACCAGCGCAAGUUCUUUGACCUCACCGACGUGAGUAGCUCGCCGAAGGCUCGUCUGGUCGACUUUGUCCAGGGCUUCAUCGACUCGGUGCGCGUCACCGAGUUUGGCCUGGCGCUCAACCUUCACUUGAAGACGUCGGCCGUCAUUUCGAAGCGUUUCACCGACCUGCUGUCGCUGGUCGGCGAGGUGCUGUCUAUGAGCCCCAAAGACCUGGAGAACUGCCCCGACCGACGCCGCUUCUCAUCCGCCAACAAGAUCAUCCGUCACCUGAAGAUCUUCACGAAGCACGGCAAACGAGAGAUCGUCUACUCCGUCGACGGCCUUGUGCACGACAAGUUCCCUCACGAGGCCAAGUUUGAGAACCGAGAGGGCCAAACCGUCACAGUGGCUGACUACUUUCGCUGCGAGUACGGCCUCCGCCUGCUGAACUUGCCACUGGUCAAGGUGACCGGGAAGAAGGUGCUGCUGCCGCUGGAGCUGUGCUACCUCAAGGACGCCCAGUUCCUCAACAAGACCAAGUUUGACAGCAACGUCCAGCGGGAGAUGCUCUUCAAGUCGACGCACACGCCCAAUGUCUACUUUCACAAGGUGGCCAAGGUGGUGGCCAGCAUCAAGGCGGCGGAUAGCGACGGUCUGCUGGGCAAGUUUGGCCUGGAGCUGACGCCUCAGGCUGCUCGCAUCACCGGCCGCGUCCUGCCCACUCCGCGCGUUCUCGGCUCAAACCAGCGUGAUCGCUUCUACUCGCCUGCCAAGGAGGUCUCCUGGGGCGUCUUCUGCUUCGACAACAAAUCCAACGAGGAGAUGGGCCGUUUCGCUGGCGAGAUCAAGAACAAGGCCAGACUGUUUGGAUUGGCUCUGCCCGAGCCCACCUUCAACGACGUCGUCACGGUGAACUGCCUGGAGCAGAUCAGCACCAUCUUUGAGAACGUCACACGGAAGACCAACGCCGAGUUGAUCUUUGUGGGCAUUCCCAUGC